GAGUGUUUCAUCAUCCAUCUUCGCCUUCCUCCAAUACCUCAUUAAGUCGAAGCAACAAGAUGACUCAGCUACUCAUCCCGUUCCCGGUUCCCUUCGUCUUCCUCUUGUGCUGCACCCUUGCUGCUGCACAGUCCCCCGCAGCAGCCCCUGCACUAUCCGUGCCAGCUACCGUGCCAGCUACUGUGGCAGCUAGCCCUGCGCCGACUGGGCCACCUAGUGUGAUUUCCAUCCUCAAGAAGGAUGGAAGGUUUGGUCUUUUUAUCAAACUUCUGCAGACCACCAAAGUUGCAGAUAACAUUGAGUCUCAGCUUCUUGAUUCAAGUAAUGGCCUCACCGUUUUCGCCCCGACAGACAGUGCCUUCUCCAACCUUAAAACUGGCACUCUCAACUCCUUCACUGAUGAGCAGAAGACGGAACUGGUGCAGUUUCAUGUCCUGACUAGCCAUAUAUCCCCAUUGCAGUUCCAGACAGCCAGCAAUCCUCUGCGCACACAAGCCGGGGGGAGCACAGAACUGCUGGCAAUGAACGUGACUGCAUUCGGAAGUGUUGUGAAUAUUACAACUGGAGAGACAAACACAAGUGUGUCCAACACACUAUUUGAUGACAACCAGCUAGCUGUGUAUCAGGUGGAUAAAGUGUUGCUUCCGAUGAGAUUUUACGUACCUCUGCCACCACCGCCUCCACCACCACCUUCGCCAAAGAAACUCUCUCCCAAGGCUUCGCCGGCAUAUGUUGCACCAGUGGAUUCUUCAGCUGAAAAAUGCCUAUCCAAAAUUGCGAUAUAUGCGACGGCCUGUUUCAUGUUAGUACUGGCAGCAUUUCCAUGAUGAGUGCAAGAACAGAUGCUGUUGGGAUAUCUAUUAUUAGAAUGUGUUUCUUGUAUUCUGGAUUGCUGUGAUUUCCAAGAGUUGUUGUAUGUUACAUUUAAGAGUGAUUUGAUUUGCAACA